AUGGCCUCGGCUACCUUUUCUGUAGCCAAACCAUCUUUCCAGGCAAAUGGAAAGGGAUUCACAGAUUUCUCAGGCCUCCGAAGUUCACCAGCUUUCCUUCCCUUCACAAAGAAAACAUCAGAUGACUUUGUUUCAGUCGUUGCUUUCCAGACCUCUGCUUUGGGAAGCAGCAGUGGAGGAUACAGAAAAAGUGCCGCAGAGGCAAAGUUAAAAGUGGCCAUAAAUGGGUUUGGCAGGAUCGGCCGGAACUUCUUGAGGUGCUGGCAUGGACGCAAGGAUUCCCCUCUUGACGUCAUUGCCAUCAACGACACUGGAGGUGUUAAGCAGGCCUCACACCUUCUCAAGUAUGAUUCCACCCUUGGCAUCUUCGAAGCUAACGUUAAGCCUGUCGGUGAUAAUGGCAUCUCUGUCGAUGGCAAGGUCAUCCAGGUCGUUUCUAGCCGUAACCCUCUCGACCUCCCCUGGAAGGACUUGGGGAUCGACCUGGUGAUAGAAGGUACCGGGGUUUUCGUAGACAGAGACGGUGCUGGGAAGCACAUUAGUGCAGGGGCCAAGAAGGUGCUCAUCACAGCCCCUGGAAAGGGUGAUAUACCAACCUACGUUGUUGGAGUCAAUGCUGAUGCCUACAGCCCUGAUGAACCUAUCAUCAGCAAUGCUUCCUGCACCACUAACUGCCUUGCUCCCUUUGUCAAGGUCCUUGAUCAGAAGUUUGGAAUCAUCAAGGGCACCAUGACUACCACUCACUCAUACACUGGUGAUCAGAGAUUACUUGAUGCAAGUCACCGUGAUCUCAGACGUGCAAGAGCCGCAGCUCUUAACAUUGUUCCAACUUCAACCGGCGCAGCAAAGGCAGUGGCCCUAGUCCUUCCUACCCUUAAGGGAAAACUUAAUGGCAUUGCCCUACGUGUUCCAACCCCAAAUGUCUCGGUCGUCGACCUCGUUGUUCAAGUCUCCAAGAAGACCUUCGCAGAAGAGGUGAACGCAGCUUUCAGAGAGAGUGCUGAUAAGGAGCUCAAUGGCAUCCUGUCUGUCUGUGACGAACCACUUGUUUCAGUGGACUUCAGGUGCAGCGAUGUGUCAUCAACAGUUGAUUCAUCACUAACAAUGGUGAUGGGAGACGACAUGGUUAAGGUGAUCGCUUGGUAUGAUAACGAAUGGGGUUACUCUCAAAGGGUCGUCGAUUUGGCUGACAUUGUUGCCAAUAAGUGGAAGUAG